AUGUACAAGAUUAAACACAAUUAUCCCCUCGAUAGGACGCUAUCAAGUGAUUUAUGGUUAAAGCUUGGAGCUGCGAGGAUGCCCCUACGGGUGGUGCAUCCCAAGUCUUUAGAAAAUUGGAAAACCAACAGAUUCCGCUCACCCAAUCCAGCCUCUACACAGGCUUCUUUGCCAGAGCUGGAUGCUUCGCUAAAGCCACCUCCUCCGCCAGAUCCAAAGCCAGUGAUACAUCCGGUACCUGUCAACCCUGAGACCAACCCACCAGCAGCAACAGUCGAGGAAAAGAACUCAGAGGUGACCAAGCCGAAUGAGAAGAAGCAAAAUAGAGAGAACCAAGACAAGACUCAGAAAAGUUCUCAGCACACUCAAUGUGAGAAGAAACCACCCCCUCGGAAGCAGCUGGUUACUGUAGAAUAUUUGGGUUCUGAGUUUGAAUCUUCUGCAGAGGCUUCUACAGACGAAUUGUGCUCACAAUUGAGCAUAAAGAUUGCAAAAAGAGGCUCUGACAGUAACAAACCACCCUCAAAGAAGAAAGAAGAUCCUGCGAGAGGAAGAAAAGCAUUCAAAUCUGUCGCAUUCGAUGAUGGCGAAUCUCAGUUGAAAUCCUGUCUGAAGCGAGGCAAAGACGACAACGAAAGUGUUGUAGUCGAAGAAAAUCGAUGCGUUAUGUUUAUCACAAGAGAGAAUACCUUACAUAAUACUGGAAGCAAGUCGCCUGCCUGGCAGAAUUCCAAAGGCGGUCGGAGUAGAAAUAGUCAAGAGAAGCGAACUCGCUUUCAAAUACCGAAUCCCGACGAGGACGAUAAUGUUUGCUGUUUUCACCACCACCCACAAUUCCAACGACAACAAGGCAAUCAUCAAAGUGAACUCCAAGACCAAGAUCAGUGCAAAGCCGACCAAAGAGGCGCCAAUCUUCAGCAAUCCCAGAGAUCGUGCGAUUGUCAACACUGUCAACAACCUGUGGUGAAUCAAAACCUCGACUACGACGUGACACCAUCGCAAGGCAACGCAAGAUCGUCACAACACAACGUACCUCUUGAAUUCAAUUCAUCUCCGUCUCAACAAGGUUCUCAUCAAUCUGCCUACUGUUCAGCUUGCGACAUUCAGCACGAGACCACACAAGUUUCGAACAGCAAGCGCGUAAGAAUUCCACGCGACGACCUCGCUCAUGCGAUGGCUUCCUUCAAUCAACAUCCGCAAGUCAUUCAGGCUGCAAGAGCUGAGGUCAUCAUACGUGAGGAUGUCAUCGAGACUCCAAACGACCCUCGACCCAAUGCCUUCUAUUGUUCCAAGACGAACAAGCUAAGAAUCUAUCACGGACCCAAUUAUGGUAAUCCAUACAACAAUCUUCUUCCACAUCAGCAUAUGCCUCUUGGCACUUAUCCUCACCAUGCGGGUCAAUUCAUGACUGAGGCGCCCCUUCAAAUUCCUGGUGGACCCCCUCAUAUACCAACUCCACAUCCACUAUCUCGUCAUCAUAGCCCUGUGAUGAGCACUCGAGGUGUCCAUUUCAACGGCGGAAACAACCAGAGUCGAAAUACUAGUGGCGGUAACAAUCAAAAUCGGAACUUUAGCAGUGGAAGUGGCAAUCGAAACGCCACACCACAUCCGAAGCAUUCAUCUCCUGUCGUGGUGGAGGAUAGCGGAUGGGUUGAGUUAACACUAUCUGAAGCAGAUAAUAUGUGGCACAACAACCAACCAAAGCCUAAUUCGCCUCAGCAAAACAAUACAAAUAAAUGCAGAGGCAACCAAAGCAACUCUGGAGGAGGAAACUUUAGCAACAAUAACUGCUCACAGUCAGAUGGUGGAAAUAACAACGCCAAUUGUACACAGCACGGUGGAAACAAUAACAAUAAUUGUUCACAGCAUGGUGGUGGAAAUAACCAAUGUUCGAACAGAAGCAAUGCUGGUAGAACUACUCAUACGACCAAGUCUUCUCACUCCAGACCUGCCGGAAAUAACGACUCUUCCAACAAUAAUAAUACUAACUCCUCUGGAGGUGGUGGAUGGGACUCAAAUGCCAACGAGAACUCCGGAAACAAUAACAACAGCGGAAAUUCAUGGAGUAAUGACUCGGGCAAUAACAAUAAUUCAUCUGGUGGAGGCGGAUGGAAUUCGAAUGAAAACAAUUCUGGAGGUGAUUCGUGGGCCAAUGACACGGGCAACAAUAAUUCUUCUGGUGGAGGCGGAUGGGAUUCUGGUGGAAACAAUUCUGGACGAGAUUCUUGGAACAACGACUCCGGUAAUAAUGAUAACUCUGGUGGAGGAGGAAGUUGGGACAACAAUACGUCCAACAACAAUAACUCCGGAGAAUCGUGGAACAAUUCGUCAAGCAAUAACCAAAACAACUCUGGCGGAGAUUCAUGGAAUAAUGAUUCUUCUAAUAACAACCAGAACAACUCUGGAGGUUCAUGGAAUAAUGAUUCUUCCAACAACAACCAAAAUAACUCUGGAGAUUCGUGGAACAAUGAUUCGUCUAAUAAUAACUCCGGAGGCAGCUGGAAUAAUUCAUCAAAUAACAAUAACAGCAACUCAUCGGGUGGAGGCGGACGGGACACAAAUGGAGGUGGCGAUUCAUGGAAUUCUAAUAACAAUAACAAUUCCAGCGGAAAUCACAAUUCAUCUGGCGGAGGCAGAAUCUCACGAAAUUCUAAUAACAAUCAGAAUAACAAUAACUCUGGAGGAGGCAGUUGGAAUGAUUCAUCAAACAAAAAUUCAUCGGGUGGAGGCGGAUGGGACACAAAUGGGGGCGGCGAUUCGUGGAACACUAACAACAAUUCAGGCGGAAAUAACAAUUCAUUUGGCGGAGGCAGAACCUCACGCAUGUCCAACAACAACAACAAUAACUCGUCUGGUGGUGGAUGGGACACAAAUGGAGGCGGCGGUUCAUGGGACUUCAACAAUCUCAAUUCAAGCGGAAACAACAAUGAUUCUGGAGGUAGAACUUCACGAAUGUCCAAUAACAAUAAUAAUAACUCGUCUGGUGGCGGAUGGAACAACCCUGGCAACAGCAACCCUCCCAAUAGCCCGAAUAAUGACAAUUCUUGGGGUGCUCCAGCCAAUCCUGCUCCUUGGGGUGAUAUGUCUGCUGCUCAAAGUGGUAGAGAUAAACCCUGGCAAAAUGACACCACGAUGUCAGUUGGUAGUUGGGCCGAUGGCUGUGGACCUACCAGUAAGAAGGCAAAUCAGAGGAAGAAUGGUUGGUAA